AUGGCGCCCAUGCAUUUCCACAAGUUGGCAAGGGACUGCUCAAUUCACGGCGAUACCAUACAUUUCGCAUACUCUAUGAACUGGAUUGCAGAAGUAGUUGGCACCUGUAUCCUGGACUACACUGACCUUGAGCAGCGCAAGCAAAUCAUCGAGGCAGCUCACCAAAUCUUGGAUGAGACGUCCAAGCUAUCUCCUGCUGGAAGGUUGUUGCUGCUUCCGCCUCACGACAGCCCAUUGAAUUCCACCGGCUAUUUACUGUCCAUGGCGAUGCAUAAGCAAUGGACGAAGCAACU